UCAAUCCCGGAGUAUCCCCGGGGUUAGUGUCGUCUGCUGUCUCUUGUCAAAUCGUCUGCUAGGAGCAAAAAAUAAAAUUCUCCGAAAGCGCAUUCCGGAAAGCAGUCUGGUUCUUUUAUUUUGUGCUGUGCUCUUCAAAAGUGCCGAAUUCGUUCUUUCUCUCUGGAAUCAAUCCCGGAUUCUUCAGAUUCCCGUAUCAGAGGGGCGGUGGGGGAGGGAUUUGUUGACGUUUCACUGUCACGUGACGUACAUGGCGUGCAGCCGCCGGCUACGCUGACCAACUUCUCCUGACAAAUUGCCUUGGUAUAAAUGACUCACCGUAAUGAUGAGUAAAACAUCGUUGCUGCUACUUCUACUGACCACUUCAUUGGUCCAAUCUGAUUUCUCUGGCUGCCCCACUCUCCCAGCCUCCCGUACCUGCUCCUGUAGUCUGAAAACUCGGGGACUUGACCUUAGUUGUGAUUCAGCUUCUUUACAAGACCUCUUGACCUCCAUCGAAGCCAUUGCUGAUACCCGACAGGUAGUCUGGUACCUCAAGUUUCGGAACGUCAGGCUUGGUCACUUCGGAAAAUCACUUUUGGGGAAUCUGAGAGUAAAUCAUUUCAUUGCUUUAAAUUGCAGCAUAACGUCCAUUGAUCAAGAUGCUUUCGCAGGCCUCGCUGAUGACCUUGAAUCCUUGGAUUUAGGGCAGAAUAAAUUGGAGCGUGUGCCAACGGCUGCCUUUGAAGGACUGGCCAAUUUGGCAUCGCUAAAUCUAAAUUAUAAUCGAAUAGAGAUUUUACAUGCUGAAGCAUUUAGAGGACUAAUAUCUCUACUGAGGCUAAGUCUUUUUGGAAACAGAAUUAAAUUCGUGGACGAUCUAGCCUUCGAAGGCAUCGGUGGUAACCUCACACAGGUGAAUCUAGGAGACAAUGGAUUGUCCUCAGUGCCAUCGAGACCGCUUCGGCACUUAAGUGUCCUACAGAGGCUCCAGCUCCAUGAAAAUAAGAUAAUUAAUCUUCUGCCAGAGGAAUUCAAUGGAAUGGGGGAAAGCCUGGAUGUCCUUGAAUUGUCUGGAAAUCAAGUAGAGGAGAUACCAGAGAGGGCUUUUGCGAACUUGAAGAUGCUCAACUCAUUGGAUCUAGAGAACAAUCGAAUACGAUACAUCCAUCCUAAGGCCUUCGAAGGCAUAGAAAGUUCUCUGGAGUGGCUGAAACUAGGAGAUAAUCAGCUGUCUGCAAUCCCUGCGGAGCCCUUGCGACGGUUGGAAAAGUUGCGGCAGCUGGACUUGAGACAAAAUCACAUCGAUAAGAUCUUGGAAGAUGACUUCAGGGACUAUGGCAGAACGCUUAAGUUUAUCUAUUUACAAAAGAACAGGUUGCACACCAUCGAAGUGAACGCUCUGAGCGAGUUGGAUUCCUUGGUAUGGCUCUACAUGCCGUCCAACCAGCUGAGUGUAGCGCCCUACGAGACUUUCCGCUCUGUUCUGGACACCCUUCAGAUUCUAGAUCUGCACGAGAAUCCUUUUAACUGUGACUGCCGCAUUGCCUGGUUCCGAGACCUCGUCCGAGACCAAAAAUCCAAAGUGGUAAACAUGCCGAGGGAGACACGUUGCGAGGCACCACCGCAGCUCAAGGGUAAAGCUAUUGCCUACGUCACCGGCCAGGAUCUGGGUUGCGUGGUGGACAGUUCCUGCCACCUUUUCCUGCCCUGUCCGUCCUUGCUUCUCCUACUCCUGCUGACACUCUUAUAUACAUGAGCCGGGGCUUGAGACAUCGGGUUUAACACGCCCUUUCAAGGAGCGAGGCAGCUUUGCACUGUCAUUGUGGGACAAUGGACAAAGCAUCCCACAUUAUGUGCUUUUUUUAAUUCGAAACUAUUUAAAUUUAUGUGUUACCUUUUGGAACAUUACAUUUUCUUCAUGAUGCGAUCAUAAGUAAAUAUAAAAUGUUUCAUUUUACGAAUCUUUUUUGUGGGUGCUUUUUUCGCAAUAAGAGAAGAAAGGUGAUAAACUGUUAAAACUUCAACUGUUUAACGAGCGAAGUUAACGCAACUCUGAAAUGCAGAGAAACUUUUCAAGUGUUGUUUAUAUCAUAUGCAACAGCGAAACACGCGUUUUCAUUUUGGAGUCACUGCAGGUUGCUCUUAACUUUGUGUGUGUAAUUUUUGAAGGAAAGAACAUAGAGAAUGAACAAUUUAUUUUUCGAAAGGGUUCAGCAAUAGUUUUAAACUUUAUGAAGCAAAUCCCGAAUUGUGUUUUGUUUUCUGAAGAAUUCUAUUUCAGAAUUGCCGAACUUGCCAGAAAACAAUCAUAGUAGCGGAAUAAAUUAUUGAAAGUAUUUUCACGUAAAUUUGGCAGUUUUUGUUCCAUCUUUUACACGAAUUGAAAGAAUCAUGGGAAUGAAUACAAAUGUGUCGUAAAUAUCUUAAAUUAUAAAUUUAUUUAAUUAGAAGAGGAAUAUUACAGCACUGAAUGAAAAAAGUCAGUUCUUUGGUGAAUUUAUCUAACAUUUAUUUUCAAUGAAAUUUGAAAUGAAACAGUCAUCACGGAAGUCUCCUAGAAUUGAAUGAAUGUUUUCAUCCAAUGUCUGACAAAGUUAUUACUGAAUUCAUUAGAAAUGUAAACGUCAUCGGUGCUUCAUUAUACGAAAUAAAUUUUCCAAAGGCUUUGCUGUAAUUCUUCAGUUCAUAUGUCAAUAGAAAUUGAUUUCUUAGCUAACAUUCAGAACACCUGAACCACGAUGACAAUGGUAUGAAUGUAAGUGACAUCAACGACAGACAUGGAACCAUUUAAUUAAAAAGUAGAGACUAUUUUGAAAUUCGAUGAACUAUGGAUUCUAUUUUAUAAAGUUCUAUUCAAUCCAGGAAUCCCUAUUAUCUGUAUUGAAUUUACUGCAUUGUUAUAAAAAGAGUUUUAGCUACGUACUGAAUGAAGUGAACUGUCGAUUGAUGCUGCAUUCAAAGGGUACGAUUGGUAAAAAAUGGAAGAACUUCCGUUUACUUGGUAAUGACACCUCAUUUUAAUAUGAUUGAAUAAAUAAGACCACGAAAGGGUGAAAAAAAGCAGACUUCUACACAAUCGGACGGCUUGUCUUCGAUUUCUUUACAAUCGAUUUCAGAUAUGCUUUCCCUAUUAUAAAAAAAUGCCCAAUAACAUAGUUACAAUAUCUUCACAAUAUUGGCCAAAGUUUAGAAUAUUGAAUAACAUCAUGGAAACAUCGAAAAAUAUUUUGUCUAAUAGGGUUAAGAGCUCCGAGCAUGGAGAUACGGACUUUUCUGUCAAUAACAAUACGAAAACGAGCAGAUAAAAAAAUGGCAUAAAGGUCAAGUUAGACUAUAAAGUAGUUAUUCUGUAUGAAUCGAUACAUUUUAUAUUAAGAAUUUGGCAACAGUUCUCUCUCACACACACAGAUACUUACAUACAUAAAUAGAGAGAUUGAUUUGGAAGGAUUCCGACAAAGAGAAAAUAAAGUAGCUUUAAAAGGCUUACGAAAACAGAUUUAUUAAAUAACUUUAGGAAAUUCGAAAAAAAUGAGGUGUUGAAUAUAAACUAUACUUUCAAGUAUGGUAAUAACGGAACUAUCAACCGCUUUAAGGUAUUAAAGACUAAUUACAAAGGUGUGAGAAUGUUGAAAAAUGAUCGAUCAGAAAUUCAGAAGUUUGAAGAAGAGGCGGAAUUUUGUGAAAUCUUCGCAUAUUCGGCCGAGAUAGCAAUUCAUCUGAAGAGAUCAGAAUUCUUUUGAUCAUCGGUGCAGACAUAUACACUUUCAUCCACUCUUUUUUAUUAUCUGUUCACCUUUGCCAUCUCAAAUUUUGACCAGGAUACCACAUCUUUCCGAAUCUGAAAUCAUUAAAUGACUUUCCACAAGUGAAAUCAAGCUCCCGCCGACUUCUGAUUUUUCCUCUCAUCAACUUGCUUUCUAUUUUGUGAAUAUAUGUGCAUGACUUUUGAGGCCUUAAGAAUAACUUUACAUCACACUAUUUAUCGAUUCAAAGCUACCGUUUAGAUCCACCGUAUCGUGAACAGAAAUAACAAUGACUGAUUAGUUCCAUUUAAGCCUAACAUCACAUUCUAGCUCACAAACAUUCGUUCAUCAUAUAUAUGUCCCUGCGUAAGAUUAGCUUGCUUUGGUUCCUUCAUUCCUUAGUAGUCUCUAUCAAUAUCAUUUGGACUACAAUAAUAAAAUUAAGUGUUUAAGUUUAUCGAAAUCUAUACGGAUAUCAAAAAUAAGAAUAAUUGAAUACAAAAGAAUUUUACAUGAAAGAUUAAGAAGAUAAUAUAAAGCGAAUGGAAACUAUUUACUGCCGUAUCAAAACAAUUUCUCACUCUAAUAUUUUAUUUCUAUAAAUUUGUCAGAUUUAUUACAAAGAUAGUUUUAAAAUAAAACAUAGAUUGGACUUGAAAAUGUUCAAAUUUUGAAGUAUUUUCGACGACAUCUAGAACCAUAUAAAUCGUUGGCUGAUAUUUGCCCUUCAUUGAAAAUUUAAUUCAGCAGCUGUCAUGUAUCUUAUCUUAAUAUAUAUUAUUUUUAUUGUAAUGUAUAUUGUAAUUUAUGUUCUAUAACUUUAAACGUACACCAUUAUGUGAAAAUUGAGAGAAACAAUUGUAGAAUUGACUGAAGAAAAUGAAGUAUCUCCAUCUUCACAUCGUACCCUGACUGCCACGUCAACAAUAAACAUUCUUCUUUUACAUGUGGUAGAAAGCAUAAAAAUUUUAUUUGAAAAUCUGUUUGGAACAUUUCAAAUAUUGUGCUUUACGUUAAAAUAAAUUUUUUAA